AUGGCGACCCUGAGACCAUCACUACAAUACCCUGACGUCGGCGUGGUUGUCCUCGGCGACCUUAACCGCCUGGAUGUUAGCGGCCUGUGUUCGCAGCACUCACUGACACAACUCGUGAAGGUGCCGACUCGUGACAAUGCCAUCCUCGACCAGAUACUUGCGUCUGACUGCUUAGCCACUUACUACCAAGAACCAACAACAGGUCCCCCGAUUGGCGACAGCGACCACAACUGCGUUUUCUGGGAGGGGAGUCCAACUCCUUUCACCGGUAACGAGACACAUAAGAAACAGGUGAGACCCCUGCGUGAGUCAGACUUGCGGGCUUUUGGAUGUUGGAUCACUCAGCAUACGUGGGAAGAAGUGUACUGUGCAGAUAACACACAGGAGAAGUACUCAGCAUUCUACACCACUCUCCUUAGUGCUGUGGACAGUUUCUUCCCUACCAGGACUGUACGAAUACACAAGCAAGAUAAGCCCUGGAUAACUCCACAUCUUAAAACUCUGAUCAGAGACCGACAGAGGGCAUUUGCAGAAGAGAAUCGCCCUAAGUGGAAACACCUUCGUAACAAGAUCAGUAAAACCAUUCAGUCCUCGAAGAAAGCCUUCUACAAGAACAAGAUUGAGCACCUUAAAAUGGCUGAUCCCAGAAAAUGGUACAAAGCCAUCAAAGAGCUAACCAAUAGCAGCAAGGGACAACUUUGUGUUGAAGUGCCCGGCGUCCCGUCUUCAUCGCCCAAGUCUGUAGCGAACGCCAUCAACGUGCACCUGGCAGCGGCAUCACAACAACACGCCCCUCUGCAGCUCCAGGAUCUCCCAGCGUACCUGCCUGCCCCAGCCCCACCACCCACUGUCUCUUUCUGGGAUAUGUGGCACAGGCUUAAGCAGGUAAAGCUCGGUAAGGCUACUGGCAGCGACAACAUUUCCCCCAGAAUUGUCCGGGAGUUCGCGUUUGAGCUGAGCCAACCGCUGUGCGAUAUUAUAAACACAUCGCUCUGUCAGGGUGUUGUUCCUGAGGCUUGGAGAGACGCGGACGUCAUACCGGUCCCGAAGGAAAUGCCGCCUAGUCUGUCUAAGUUAAGACCCAUCUCACUGACAUCAGUGUUUGCCAAGGUGUGCGAAGGUAUCGUUACAGACUGGUGUCUCAAGGACAUACUUCCUAGUGUAGACCCGCGCCAGUAUGGAUCCCUGCGUGGCCGGUCGACCACACACUACCUUACGCUCCUGACACACAUACUGCUGGAAACAGCCGACAAACGAAGCCAUGUGUCAACACUAGUGCUCACGGAUUUCACACGCGCCUUUGACUCCAUCACCAAACUGCCGUCAACAAAAUGA